ACAACAACGGAAACUUUCGUUUGCUCUUGGGCAUUCACCCAGCGUAUAAGACCCUGUCAACUUCCGGCGACUCAGAUGUUGUGAAUGAUCAGUGAACCCGUACUCUUCAAGGACCCGCUUUUCGUUUGUACAGCAUAAAGAACGAGUCCGGAACAAGAAAACUUCUUCGCUCGAACAUAAUCCUGUCCAUAUUAUAUCAGCUUCGAACUCGAAUUCCACCAAUCUACAGUUUUCUAUACAAGCCUCAAAACAAACGUCAGCAAGUCUUGACCGACCGAAGCGGUAUGUCAGGCAACACUCCCGCCAACGCAACUCAGCUGGCCAAUGUCGGCGCCGCUCGUAUGCGAAACCAGCCUCCUACGGUUCGUGCCGAAGACUUGCCAACCCUCGCGAGCACCACCACCUCUGUCCACCCGUCUGAUGUCGGCAAGGCGGCCAGCGUCGAUGCGGCGAUGUUGAAGUUGGCUAGGGUAUGGAAGGGUUUCAUCGAUGCCGACGCGGAGCAGCAUGCAGCCGUCGUGAUGGCCCUCGGGACGAAGUGGUUCGGAGAUCCCGUGUGGGGCGAGGCACUCACGGCGAUGGUCGGCGGGUUCGCCGGUCAAUAG